GGUCUGGCUUCAUCUCAAAUGGCCCCGUAGGGCAACAAGGAUGGUUAGUUUUGACCCUACUUAUUUGUGCCAUAAAUCGAUCCUAAUUGACAGCUCUUUGGACUUUUAUAUCUGCCGAACCCUUUUUCUUGAGCUGUGGUCACUAAAUGAGGGGAGUCUGGCCUGGGAAGUCCCAUCCAUUCUUUCAAUUGGAUGGGGAGCAGGGAUAGUGUCUCCUGCGAUCUGAAGAAUAGGAGGGAAUGUUGACCAGGGAACACCACUGCGGCCGAUCAGAGGAGCAGGAACUGGAGCCCUGGCCGAGUCCGAAAAAAGCCAGAUCUGGACGGUGGCUGCGGAACGGUUGUAAGUGGAAGAUGGAAGAGCCGGAGGAACCGGAGGAUACUAGGCAGUCACUGGUCCCGGUGUAUAUCUAUAGUCCUGAGUAUGUCAGUAUGUGUGACUCCCUGGCCAAGAUCCCCAAACGGGCCAGUAUGGUACAUUCUUUGAUUGAAGCAUAUGCACUGCAUAAGCAAAUGAGGGUAGUUAAGCCCAAAGUGGCCUCCAUGGAGGAGAUGGCCACCUUCCACACUGAUGCUUAUCUGCAGCAUCUCCAGAAGGUCAGCCAAGAGGGCGAUGAUGAUCAUCCGGACUCCAUAGAAUAUGGGCUAGGUUAUGACUGCCCAGCCACUGAAGGGAUAUUUGACUAUGCAGCAGCUAUAGGAGGAGCUACAAUCACAGCUGCCCAGUGCCUGAUUGAUGGAAUGUCCAAAAUAGCGAUUAACUGGUCUGGAGGGUGGCAUCAUGCAAAGAAAGAUGAAGCAUCUGGUUUUUGUUAUCUCAAUGAUGCUGUCCUGGGAAUAUUACGAUUGCGACGGAAAUUUGAGCGUAUUCUCUACGUGGAUUUGGAUCUGCACCAUGGAGAUGGUGUAGAAGACGCCUUCAGUUUCACCUCCAAAGUCAUGACUGUGUCCUUGCACAAAUUCUCCCCUGGAUUUUUCCCAGGAACAGGUGAUGUGUCUGAUGUUGGCCUGGGGAAGGGACGGUACUACAGCGUAAAUGUGCCCAUUCAGGAUGGCAUACAAGAUGAAAAAUAUUACCAGAUCUGUGAAAGUUUUUCACAGCAUAUGGUCCUGAUUAUGUGCUGGAAAUCACACCAAGCUGCCGGCCAGACCGCAAUGAGCCCCACCGAAUCCAGCAAAUCCUCAACUACAUCAAAGAUGCAUGUAUGCCCUUGCUUCCCUGCACACAUACCCAGGCACGUAGCUCCAGAGAGUGGUGAAAUGGAAAUGACAAGCGAGAGAAGACAUAAGGAAGGGAAUGCAAAGGGAAGAGAACAAGGAAAAAACUAUUCCCCAAGUUUGACUGGGACAGAAAAAGAAACAAACAAGGUCAGGAAGAAAAGAGGAGGAGGAGAGGAGGAGGAAGCAGAAGACACAAGGGAAGAAAAAGGCCUUGCAUGCAUCUGCUCUUUUUUAUCCUUAUUGAAGGAGAUAAGAUGGCAACCUAACAAACUGAUAUGGGUAUGGACAGAAACAACACAGAUGAAGAAUAAGAAUAAUAGCUACUAUUUAUCUUACAGAUGAGGAAACUGAGGCUCAGGGAGGAUAGGUGACUUGGCCAAGGUUGCCUUUAUUUGUUCAGCAAGUAAUUACUGAACACCUACUGUGUGCCACACACUGUGCUAAUAAGCAACAGAGUGGACAUUGGAACCCAGGCCUGGAUUGGAGCUUUAGAAUCAGGCUGUUUGACAUUUCUGGUGUCCCUCCUCUUCUUUGCAGCAUUGCUCUGUCAAAUCUACUUGUCAUCCCAUCUGCUCUUUCCAAUCACCCCUAGUAAACCCUCCUACCACAUACUACAUGCCCAGCUCCUUCCAUGUGGCUAAUCUAAGCACCUAAAGUCUCAUGGCUCCCUGGAAACGGGAAGAAGACAGCCUUGAGCAACCUUCGAAAUUCUGGCCCUCCACAUAGGCUUUUUAGCCCUCCCUAGGUCCCACCCCAUCCCCUCC